AUGUCGCUCAUCAAAUCCAUCGACGACGUCGGCGCGACGCUCGCGUGGUGCCCGCGCACGGGCCUCGACGCGUGCUACGUCGCGCUGGGCACCACGGAGGCGAGCGGCGCGGGCUUCGACGACUACGGCGCGUCGCUCCAGCUGCACGCCCUGGACCUCUGCGACGGGUCGCUGUCGUCGAAGCCCGCGGGCGUCGCGAAGACGAGCAGCCGCUUCGUGAGCCUCGCGUGGAGCGGCAUGAAGGGCGGCGCGGGCGGCGCGGACGGCCUCCAGCUCGGCCUCGUCGCCGGCGGCAUGUCCGACGGCGCCGUCGACGUCUGGGACCCGGCGAAGCUCCUCGCGGGCCACCCGCAGGCCCACGUGAGCCGCGUGCAGCGCCACACGGGCGCGGUGAACGGCCUCGAGUUCAACCCGCACCCGACGUCCGCGCAUUUGGUCGCGUCCGGCGGCGCGGACUGCGAGGUCUUCGUCGCGUCGCUGGAGCGGCCCGAGGCGCCGUCGGUCUUCGUGCCCGCGCCGCCGCCGAACGCGGCGAAGCACGCGGCCGAGGUCACCAGGGUCGCGUGGAACAGCCAGGUGUCGCACAUCCUCGCGACGGCGUCGCAGAACGGGUCGACCAUCGUCUGGGACCUGCGCCAGAAGAAGCCCUGGUGCGAGCUGCGCGACGCGUCCUUCCGGAGCCCCGUGUCCGCCGUGGCCUGGAACCCGGCGGAGGGUCUACAUCUGGCGACGGCGUCGGGAGACGACGCGAACCCGGUCAUCAAGCUCUGGGACCUGCGGUCGUCGACGACGAUGCCCCUGGGCACGCUCAAGGGCCACACGCAGGGCAUCCUCAGUCUGUCGUGGUGCCCGGACGACACGGCGCUCCUCGCGUCCUGCGGCCGCGACAACCGGACGUUGUUGUGGGACGUCUUUACCACCCAAUGCGUCCACGAGCUCGAGGGCGGCGCGGACCCGCAGGCCGCCGCCCAGCCCGCCGGCUUCGGCGCCGCGGCGCCGGCCUUUGGCGACGCGACGUCGGCCUUCGGCGGCGGCCCGCCGGGCGGCGGCGGCUUCGGCGGCGCGGCCGCGGGCCGCCGCUACCAUUGUAGCUGGUGCCCGACGCGGCCCGCGGUGCUCGGCACGUGCUCCUUCGACCGGACCGUGCAGGUCCACGCCAUGGGCGGCGCGGCGACGACGUCCGGCAAGGCGCCCAAGUGGCUCAAGCGGUCCUGCGGCGCGGCGUUCGGCUUCGGGGGGAAACUGGCCAUGUUCGGCGCGAAGAAGGCGCCGACCAGGGCAGGACAAGGAGAGGAGCCUUUGAAGUUGGGAAUUUCGCACUCUUGUCCUGCCCAGGCGCCGACGACGGCGACGAUCGCGACGCUCGUCGAGGACGACGGCCUGGUGGCGGCGUCGCGGACCUUCGAGGCGGCGCUGGGCGCGUCGGACUUCAAGGACUUCUGCGAGAACAAGGUCAGGGCCGCGGCGUCCGACGGCGACAAGCGCGUUUGGACGUUCAUGCAGCUCAUCUUCGAGCCGAACGCGCGCGAGAAGCUGCUGGAGUGCCUCGGCUACGACGCCGCCGCCGUCGCCGCGACGCUGCCGCCGCCGCCGCAGCCCGACGCGCCCGCCGCGCCGCCGCCGUCGCCGCCGAAGGACGAGACGUCGGCCGAGGACGUCUUCGCGGCGGCGUCCGCGGCGCCGCCGCCGGCGGACGAGCCCGACGACGCGGCGACGGUCGUGGACCCCGGCGCGCCCCUCGACGCCGCCGCCGAGGCGGACGUGAAGCAGGCGCUGCUCGUGGGCAACUUCGACGCGGCCGUCGAGUCGUGCUUCGCGACGGGCGCGCUCGCGGACGCGCUCCUGCUCGCGUCCUGCGGCGGCGCGGAGCUCUGGGAGCGCACGCGCGCGCGCUACUUCGACAUCUCGUCGAAGGCGAAGCCCUUCCUCGGCGUCGUGCGGGCCAUCAUCACGAACGAGCUCGGCGCGCUCGUCGCGGCGUCCGACCUGCGCAAGUGGGAGGAGACGCUCGCGAUCCUGUCGACCUACGGCAAGAGCGACGAGUUCCCGGCGCUGUGCGAGGCUUUGGGCGGCCGCCUCGAGCACGAGGCGCGCGACGACAAGGCCGCGGCGCUCUGCUACAUGUGCGCGGUGAACGUGCCCAAGACCGUCAAGUUCUGGAUCGACGACUUCAACGCGGCGAGC